AUGAGCCGACACCACAGCCGUACGCCCUCCGGCCACGACUCCCUCUCUUCCCCACCCGAAUCUGGCGUAGUCACGCCCUCUUCGCCCUCUGCGAGCUCCUCCUUCAUCUCGAGCUCCAUCUACGGUGCCUUUGGCGGGCUCAUACGACGCUUCUCGUCUGACCCCGCCGGGAACAUGGUGCCCUCGACUUCAAACUCGCACCUGGCCCACGGCAACGACGGUGUCGCCGGCGUCUUCACCCCGCCCAUCAACAGGACCGCCUCGCCGAUGCAGCCGCCUCCUCUGGACCCCGUCGUCCUCCUGGGCUUCCACCAAGACACACCCGCCACGGCGAGGUUGCUAUCGGCGCCCGUCGCCGAGGAGAUCCGCAUCAUGGUGCCCGAGAGACUGCGCAUCGAGGAGGACUGGCACCUGGUGUAUAGCCUGGACCAGGAUGGGGCGAGCCUGGCGACCCUCUAUGAGAAGUGUGGCGUUUACAAGGGCAAGAGGGGCGGGUUUGUCCUCGUAGUCAGAGAUGACGAGGGAGGGACUUUUGGAGCGUACCUUUCCGAGGCGCCGCAUAUAUCACCGCACUACUUUGGCACGGGCGAGUGCUUCCUCUGGCGCGCCUCGUUGAUGGCUGGCCUGCCGCCACCUCCGUCCGCUGACACGGCCGACCUGGCCGUCCGGUCAACAACGAUUGCAGCCUCGACGCCGGCCCUUGUUCCCGAUCUAGAGCCAGCGCCCCUCGUAGAUGUGUCUCGCUCCACACCAGCCCUCGCCGUCUCUGCCGCCGACAGCGGAUCGGACCGUCACCAUGCCCACCAAGAGCAACAGCAGCAGCAGUCGCCGCCGCCGCCGCCCUCGCCGUCAAUACGUUUCAAGGCCUUCCCUUAUAGCGGCGUCAACGAGUACUAUGCUUACUGCGAGCAGCACUGGCUCAGCGUCGGUGCUGGCGACGGCAAGUACGGGCUGUGGCUCGACGACGGACUGGAGCGCGGCGUCAGCUCUACCUGCCUCACGUUUGGCAACGAGCCGCUAAGCGACCAGGGCGAGAAGUUUGGCGUGUUGGGCGUCGAGGUCUGGGUCAUUGGUGCCAAGGACCGCUGA